CUCAUUUAUAGAUGGACAACCCACUGGGUUGACUUUACAGAUUUAGAAUUUAACCUAUUACCUUUCCAUUCAGUGCCCUGUUUGAGUAGUCUGCCCAAAACAGAGAUCAUGCGUGAUAUUUACUUUGCAUCCUUUUUUACGCAUGCUAUUGAUGAGAGACAGAGAGAGAGAGAGAGAGAGAGAGAGAGAGAGAGAGAGAUUAAUUGCCCUCUACACAACUGUUGCUCUAAUCCUCCUUGAGAGGAUAGGCUUAGUAAAACUACAGGUUGGAGACGCUGCUACAGCCAUAUUGAACAGACAUUUUGUAAAAAAAAAAAAAGAUUGUUCUUUUUUUAUUUGAUGACCAUAUUCUAAUGGCCAUUUAGCCUACUAAAUCUUUUUACAACUAACUUCGAAACGUAUUUUCGGCCAAAUCACUGGAUGAAUCAGUAGGCUAUUAAAUUGUAAUGGUCUAAUUUGGUAACCUUUUAAUUAGUGGUUGUAGAUUAGAAUAUCGCUUUUUUGAUAGUUUAGAGAUUGUGACAGUGACAACACAGUUUUGAAGAUGAAGGACCGAUUGGAACAGUUGAAGGCGAAAAGUGAUGUGGCUGGGGACGAUGUGGAGAUUCCAGUGGAGAACCAAGCCUUUAUGGAUGACUUCUUCGCCCAGAUUGAGGAGAUUCGCGGCAGCAUCGAUAAGAUAGAUGAGAGUGUGGCGCAAGCAAAGAAGCUGUACUCUACCAUCCUCUCCGCCCCUACGUCAGAGCAGAAGACGCAGGAUGAUUUGGAGGCAGUCACCAACGACAUCAAGAAAGCAGCCGGCACCGCUCGCAACAAACUAAAGAGUAUCGAGAAGCAACUUGAGACAAACACAGAGGAACGGUCGUCAGCAGACACGAGGAUUCGGAAGUCCCAGCAUGCCAUCCUGGCCAAGAAGUUUGUGGAGGUGAUGACCAAGUACAACGAGGCUCAGACGGAUUUUAGAGACAAGAGCAAAGGCCGCAUCGCCCGGCAGCUGGAGAUCACGGGAAAAACAACGACCGAUGAGGAGCUGGAGGAGAUGUUAGAAGGAGGGAACGCAGCCGUCUUCACCGCAGGGAUCAUGGAGUCGGGUAUAUCGAAGCAGGCGUUGAAUGAGAUCGAGGCGCGGCAUAAAGAUAUUGUGAGGCUGGAGAGCAGCAUCAAAGAGCUUCAUGACAUGUUCGUGGACAUUGCUAUGCUGGUGGAGAACCAGGGCGGUAUGAUUGACAAGAUUGAGAGCAACAUGGACCAAUCGGUGGGCUUCGUAGAGCGGGCUGUUGCCGACACCAAGAAAGCAGCCAAAUUUCAGCAGGAGGCCCGUAGGAAGCAGAUGAUGAUCAUGUGUUGCUGUGUCAUUCUCUGUGUCAUCGGAGGGUCCUUCCUCUACAGCUUUAUCAAAUAGGAAAUACCGUCCGGGGAAAACUUGUUGUGAAACUGAGAGGUGUUCAAAACUUAAACGUUUAAAUCAUGUAUUGAUCCAGAAGGAUGUUACCCUGGUCACAGAUCUCUUUGUACUCUUGCAAACGCCAUUCCUGUCCCUGUCAAGCCAAAUGUGUGGAUUUCCAAGUUUGAUCAGGGCCUGGAUUUAUAAAGCCUUUCAGAGUAUGAGUGCAGAUCUGGGAUCAGUUGAACCUUUUAGAUCACAUGGACAGGCGGGGCAGGAUCCUAGAUCAGCACUCCUACUCUGAGAUGCUUUAUGAAUACGGGACCAGAUUAGAUAACGUUAGAUCCAGGUUAUUCUUAGUCUGUGUCCCACAUGGCACCCUAUUCCCCUUGUAGUAUAUAGGGAAUAGGGUGCCAUUUGGGAUGUAGACUUAGGCUUUAUUAUUGGCCUCUUAACGUGAUAAUUACUUAUGACUCUGGCCUCAGGGGAAGUUGAAGAAGAGUGUCCCAGAUUACCCCCAGUCUAACCUGGGUGGAUGGAUCAACAGUGGUCACUGUCUGUCAAGAGACGCAUACAGCGCUACUCAGAGGAGAUGCACUUCAGUCCGGCUUAAGGCUUUCCACCCUACAUUGUCUUUCGUCUUCUCUCUCCCUCUUUCCUUUCGUCUUUUUCUCUGUCUUUCUUUCUCUCUCUCACACACACACACACACACCCACAGUCUCUCUCUUUUCCCCUCUCUCUCUCGUUCCUCUUUUCAGGCAUGCUUCUCCCCACAGCUCCUUUUCCCACUUCAAGGAUUUGUGUCAAUUAGCUUUGGUAGUGUGGCUCCUUAAUAAUCUAAGCCAAGACAGGUUAACGAUAACACUGUAAUCAUGUCAAGUAACCUAAAGAUAUUGGUAAACAAAAUAUGAUAAAACGAUGAUUCACUGCCCUAUUGUCAGCUAGUAAUCAACAUGACCCCAAAAUGGCACCUUUUUAUGUUAUUAUUGUGUGUUGAAGUUAUUGCUUAAUAUUGCACUCAUGUCAUUUUUAUCCUACAUGUGUGUUGAUGCAUGUACCACCAGGGAGCAUGCCUGUGUCAUAAAACUGUCACAUGCGCUCUCUCUACAAAUGAUGUGUAUAAACCCUGGAUGACUGUAUGUGUAUAAACCCUGUAUUGAAGCCACCCUGCAGCCAUCUUGGUAAUCCCCCUCGAUGGUUAAAAGAUUUUGGAAGCUAUAGAAAUGCAUUUGUUAAUGUCUACAUUCGUUUUGACACGUUUAUUCUAUUACAGACGCUUUAAUGCAUACUUUUAAAUUAUAUUAUGUGGCCUAAACAUUUUUUUAAAUGGGGAGAGUACUAAUGUUACUGUCCCCACUACAAAAAAAAUACUUAAAUACAUGUAAUUUUGUCUUUGAAAUACUAUGGAGGACUACUCCUUCUAGGGAGUGCCAAUAUGGCCGACUGGUGGCUUCAAAGCAUCUCAAUGACCAAUACAUAGCAUCAGCAGUGCAGGGUUUAUUUAUAUAAGCCAUUGCUCUCUACCCCCUCUAAUAAUAGAUAGGAUAGUAUUUUUGUUGUGAUGCAAGCAAGCAGUAUCAAGUGAAUAGCCAAUAUGUCUGUGUGUGUUUGUGUCUUCAGUCAGAUACAUGUGUAGUGAUUUUGUAGGCAUUUAUAUGGAAAAUGUUUAUCUGAACAAAAUGUAAGGUCAGGUUUCAGUUUUGUAGCUUUUCCCCUCUCUUGACAAAAAAUAAAAAAUAAUCGCCAUUU